AUGAAUCAUAGUGAUGAAGAAACUAUGAAGAAAACCAGUGUAGUGAACCUUGAUAAACUUUUAUAUGACUUCUCAGAGAUAGAAAAGAAAAUAUCAGAAAUUAAUGAUGCAAAUAACCUACUGAUCCAUCAGCUGGAAAAAUGUAACAGAUUGCUAACGUUAAGCCAAUCAAAGGAGGAAUCAGUAAAAGAGGAAUGCAGUGCUCUACAGAAUGUGAUAAAGGGUCUAACACAAACCAUUGAAAACCAGUGUAACGUGAAAGAUGAAAAUGAUAGACUGAAGGGAACCAUUCACAUCUUGGAAGAUAAAUUAAAGACUUGUGAAGAGGAGUAUAAAGAUCAAAUUGAGAAACUCAUGACAGAAAUUAAAAACAAAGAGGAAGACCACAAAUUAGAAAUAACACAGUUGAAUUGUGAUACAAGGAAAAAAUUUGAAGUAAAAGAAAUGGAGUAUAGAGAAGAGAGAGAGAAAAAAGAACUGGAAAUAUUAGAGCUAACUAGACAGCUGAAAAUUCAAAAUGAAGAGAAGCAGAAUGAAAUAAUUAAACUGCAGAUAGAGUUCAAUGCUAAAUUGGCAAGAGCUCAGGAUAAAACCACCAAGUCCUUUUCAGAUGCUUCAGUCUUACCACAAAGUAUCUAUCGAAGGAAGCUGCAGCAUCUCCAGGAAGAGAAAAACAAGGAAAUUGAAAUUCUCCGAAACACCAUAAGAGACUUGGAGCAACGUCUUAAUAAAGGCCAAGACCUGCCCUUCAAACGGAGGAGAUUCUGAGUAAAUUACUUGAAGUAUUUCAGUGUUUCAAAUUCUGCAUCUCAAAAUAAAAACAAGAUAUGAAGAAAGUAUGUUUUAUUGAAAACACUCUUGUCAAACAUUCCAAAGGCAUGCAUUCUGUAUAUAUUCAAAGCUACUCUCUUGCUAAUCAGCAUUCACAAUAAAAAGAUUCAGGUUUUGUAGGAGUAGUAAUUUCCCUAUUAAACCAUCAUUAAUUAUGGUGUAUGCUUUCAUAGCAGUUUUCUUUUCAUCAAUAUUCUCUUCUUCAUCCAUGAAUCCUUCAACAACUGGAUUUGCUUCCAUUCAGUUAAUCAAACAUUAGGAAUGCUAGGCUAUAGACAGAGAAGUUAUACAAGUUUAAGUGGUAUAUUAUGUUAAUUGAUACAGAUUGCUAAUUGAUACAGACUUAUCAAAUUCAGCACUGUUAUAAA